AGCGACGCUUUCAACCAAAAAUUUACGUCUCACCCGCGAUUGGUAAACGGUUAUACGAAUCUUUAUGCGAUGGAGCUUGAUGCCGGUAGUGUAUCAGAUAGUGGGUUCGCUUCAUUCGGACCUAAAGGGAUACUAGAGUCUAUUCCAGAUUUGUUUCAAAUGUUUCCUGGAAUAGAUGAGGCGCUUUCAUUCGCUGAACUCAUCCAGUCGGUCCAAUCUAUGAAAUAUUCAGUCAUAAUCUUUGAUACUGCACCAACCGGUCACACUUUAAAGUUUUUAAAUCUUCCGGAUUUAUUGGACAAACUUGUGGACACUCUUCUUAAGGUUGAAUCAUUCUUUGGAGUCUUCAUGAGGAUGCUUUCUCUUGUCAACUCUCAGACUUCUCGAGGUGAGAUGUUUGAAAAGGUGAAAGAACUAAAAAGUACAAUUACACUCACAAUGGAGCAAAUGAAAAAUCCAGACUUGACGACUUUUGUUUGUGUCUGCAUUCCUGAGUUUCUGAGUGUCUACGAAACUGAAAGACUGGUUCAAUACCUGGCUAGGAACGAUAUUGACUGUUCAUAUAUUAUAAUAAAUCAAAUUCUCAACUAUUUUGACCUGGGAGAUUCAAUAAUAAAGGCCCAAAAUUCACUAGAUGACAUAAAGGAGGAGACUAGAGAAAUAUUCAGAAACCUCCUAGAACUUAUAAAAGAGCAGCAGAGUAUGUUGAAGGGUCGUGUAUCAAUUCAAAAAAAAUACAUUGAUGACAUCAAGGAACUCUAUGAUAAUUAUUUUAAUAUAGUUGCAAUACCGCAAUACAAGGAUGAAGUCCGUGGCUCUGAAGCCAUUAAGGAAUUUUCUAAAAUAUUGUUGGAACAUUCACCAAUUCCCUUUUAA